AGUGACGUAUGGCCAGUUCAGUAACUGAUUAAACUGCGUAUCGGUGAUCAGAAUUACUUCGUGCUUGACCUAAAUAUUGUCAUUCCCCCUUAUUCUGCGGAUCGCUACAGAGUCAUCUGCUAUGGCUAAUAACAUUAUGUUGUACUGGGGUUCUGGAUCUCCUGCUUGUUGGAGAGUACAGGUUGUCUUAGAGGAGAAAAGACUUCAGGGGUACCAGAAUAAGUUGCUGUCCUUUGAUAAAGAGGAGCCCAAGUCUCCAGAAGUGCUGGCAAUAAAUCCUAGGGGUCAGAUGGGGACAGAAUCUUAUGUUGCAGGGAAGAACUUCACAAUGGCAGAUGCAGUCAUUUUUCCACUGGUGGCGCUGGUUUUUCGAUUCGGGGCGUCACAAGCGAAGUACCCCUAUCUAGCAGCAUAUUACAAUUUGGUGAAGAAUAGACCUAGUAUCCAAGCAACAUGGCCACCUCACUGGAAGACCAACCCAAAUACAGGAGACUUGCUGAAAAAUGUGUAACUUCUGAAGUUGGAGUGUGAUGUUGAGGUCUAAUUGCUUAAAUGUGCUUAACUUUUUUGGCACUUGGUUUCCUUGGCUUUAUAAAAUAAUCAAUUCUAGACCUUGCUUUUAAUGCCAUACCAUUUUGCUGUUCGUGCACUUAGCUACAUAAUUAAUACAUUUAGAUAAUUCAAUGUGUGUGUGUGUGUGUGUGUGUGUGUGUGUGUGUGUGUGUGUGUGUGUGUGUGUGUGUAUUUUUAAUUAGUAAAUACCUGCUUUUAAUUCCCAAGAUCAAAAGGGAAGUACUGAAGCAAGAGCUACUUUGUUUAUGCAAUGACAUGCUUCACAAAGGUGGUGAGAGUGUGCAUAUCCAGGCGACUGUUAUACUGGUCUUUAUCUUUGGUUGAGGUAAAUGUACUGCAACAUAGUUUGCAACAACUUUGCUUAGAAAUGUUAUUUGGUAGCAAAACUCAAAGCAAAUAGUUGUGGGGCCAUUUGCCUGCUCAUACCAAAAAAUAUGUGUCUGUUUUACCUGUAACAUUUUUCACUAAUGUGGAGAGCUUGAGCUUUUAAGUAUGAAAGUAAAUAUCUGUCAACGGGCCUUGAAGUCAGGAGGUUCUUACUAACUAAGACAUUGAAAGCGAACACAGUCUUGAGUGUAGUAGAAGUGCCUUCAUACAGAAGUGCAAGAACCUAUGAAAAGUAAUCAAAUAGGGGUGUGGGUGUUUGUCUUUAGAAAAGACAUCUCAUGCUUGCAGAACUGUGUUUGAAAGCUUUUCAGAUAAAUAAGGUUGUGGAUGCAGUUUAGCCCCCCUCCCAGAGAAAUAAAACAAAUGGAUAUGUCAGGCCAUGCUUACAAGGCCAGUACAAAAUGUUUCAAUGUUUCUUAGAAAUGGACCCGAAAUUCAAAACCAACACAUCAGCACAUACUGGCAUUACUUAGUGUCCUCCACAUUGUCAACCAUAUUUGUAGUAGACAUGCUUACAGUAGUAUUGGUAUAUAUAUAAACAGGGGGCACCCAUUCCUUCCAUUUGGGUCAGCCUCUUGUGUAGAGAUUGGAUCCAGGAAUGCUAAGUCCAUAUAAAAGAACUCCUUACCUCAGUCAUAAGUGCCAAGUCUGGAAGUUUUUAUGAAUGCAUUUUAUUGUCUUGAAGAAUGGUUAUUUAAAAAAAUAAGAACUUCAUGUGCAUUGGAUUAACUGUUAUUUUAGUGACUGUUAUUCUGCACCUAAAUUGUUCCAUUAUUAAAUCCAAAGUUUUAUGUUCUUUUUUAUUUCAUAAAAUCUUUAAUGAGUUGAUGGACAUAAAUUUCCUGCAGAGUGCUCUGUCAAAUAUUUGGAGAGCAAAUAGUUGUAACUAGGAAAAUUAGUCUUUUGUGCUGGGAUAUAGGGUAUGAAUCGCAUAGUCAUAGUAAUGCCUUAGUAAGUGUAAUGUUAUCUGCCAGAAAAGCAAUUACUAGAAAAUUGAAAUAAUCCUAAAGCAACUCUAUAAACUAUUGACUAUUUGUAAAGGAGUUAGAACAAAAUUAGAGUUAGAUCUUCAAAAAAAAAAAAUACAACUUGCAUAGAAAAUGGAAUCUGUGAGGAUAGUGCAUGAAGAAUAAUGUUCACGAGGAGUGGAGUUAGAGAAGGUAGGAAGUUAAAAAUGCAUGUAUGGUUGGAGUGCAUGAAAAGUGCAAAAUCUUAGUAUGGUUCAUUUUCUGUUAAUGUACGUAUAUCCAUGUCACUGAUUUAAAAUGUGAUUUAAUAAAGAUGUUUUAAAAAUA